CGGCGGCAGCUCCCGGAGAAACACGUCUGGGACCCUCACUCUUAGACUCCACACUGAAAGCAGGGUGCGACCUGCCUUCGAGUUCCUUAAAUACAACUAAGGAAUUCAGGCAACAUGUUCUACACUCAUGUGCUUAUGAGUAAACGGGGGCCAUUGGCCAAGAUAUGGCUUGCUGCUCACUGGGAGAAGAAACUCACAAAGGCCCAUGUAUUUGAGUGUAAUCUAGAAAUAACCAUUCAAAAAAUUAUUUCACCUAAGGUGAAAAUUGCACUCCGAACUUCAGGACACCUUCUUUUGGGGGUUGUUCGAAUCUACAACAGGAAGGCAAGAUACCUUUUGGCAGAUUGCAGUGAAGCAUUUCUUAAGAUGAAGAUGACAUUUCGCCCAGGACUGGUUGACCUCCCCAAAGAGAAUUUUGAAGCAGCUUAUAACACUAUCACAUUACCAGAAGAAUUUCAUGAUUUUGACAUCUACAAUAUAAAUGAUAUUGAUAUUUCGGAGCCCCUUGCUCAGAACCAAAGUAGACCAGAGGAAAUCACACUUAGAGAGGAAUAUAGCAAUGAUCUACUUUUCCAAGCUGGGAGCUUUGGGGAUGAACCUGAGCUCCUCAGAAGACAUAGCUUCUUUGAUGACAACGUAGUAAUGAACUCCAGUGGUCUUGUAGUUGAACAUAGUUCUGGAAGCAUUGCUGAGGAAAAGUCUUUGUUCUUUGACAAUGGAGAUGGAUUUGGAGAUGAAGGAGCUGCAGGAGAAAUGAUUGACAAUCUGUUGCAAGAUGAGAGUACCUUUUUAGAAGAAGCAUAUUUGAACAAAGAAGUUUCUCUGCCUCCUGAGCUUCCCAGUAGCAUAAUGGUAGAACCAGGUAAUUCAGAUGACCAAUGUAUACCUGAAGAUGAAGAAAUAAAUGAAAUAACCUUAGUAUCAAAUGAAGAGGAAGGAUUUACUCUGGACCCAAUUGAUGGUUUAGAUAUCGCUGAUAGACGGAGAAGGAAAAAGAGGAGAUUGCUCGUAGAUCCAGUCAAGGAGAUAAGCAGCAAGGCUAUGCAUAGGCAGCUUACUUCCUUUAUGGACACUCUCAUGGUUCUGGACCUCGCACCCCCAACACAGAGAUUGAUGAUGUGGAAGAAGCGGGGAGGAGUGGAUAUGCUUCUGUCAACUGCUACCCAGGAUUUGAUUAAUGAUGAAUUGAAAAUGUUAUUUACAAAAUGCUUCCUGUUCUCUGACUAUAAACUUGCAAAAUUGACACAGAAGGAGUCAGUAAGGAGAGAAGCGGAAAGCCAGCACAUUGUAGAACCCUCAGUGAUGGAAGAGCCAAAUUCCCACAGUGAGUUAGGUCAACCCCAAGACUGGAAGGAUGUGACUGAUGAAUCUGUGGGUAGCUUUCAGGAGAACAUCAACGUGAAUAUUAACUCAGAGCAGGAUAUUCUUGGAAUUAUUUCUCCAGCUGUUGAGGGAUUAUCUUCAAUGAAUGCCUCCUUGGCCCAAGAAAAUUAUCCAGCAGAAUUGGAGUCAUCAGGCAGCAAACAAAAUACUGAGGCAGAAAAAUGGAAUCAAAGAUUAUUUCAAACAUUAAAUGUGUUACAGGAAUUCAACAAAAUGGGAAUGCAGUCCUUUAGUCUGAAAAAGCUAUGCAGAAAUAGUGACCGAAAACAGGCAGCUGCCAAAUUUUAUACUCUUCUCAUCCUGAAAAAACAUCGUGCUAUUGAGCUGAGCCAGAGUGUUCCCUAUGCAGAUAUUAUAGCUACUGUGGGACCAAUGUUCUAUAAGAUGUGA